UCUUCUAGUCCAUUCUAUUUGUAUCCCGACCACCGACCCUAUUCUCUCUCAAAUUUUCCUUUUCCUGUACUCUCUAUCGCUAUUUCGCGUAAGCAAAUUACAACCAGAGAGCGCGCGGUCCCGAUUCUCCGUGCCCUCCCCGUUGCUCUCGGUUCUGCCUCCAUUCUCAAGCGGGAACACCAAAGUGAUAAAAUGGAGAGAGGAAGAGGAGGGAGGGACGAUUUCUUUGGGUUUGGGGAUCCUUUCCCUGGAUUCGGCGUCGGGAGGUCGGGGAGCUUGAUCGCCAGCUUGUUCGGUGGGAGAGACCCCUUCGACGACCCUUUCUUUAAUCGGCCCUUCGGGAGCUUGAUGGGCCCCAGCAUUUUUGGGGGCCCCAGCGUGUUUGCGCCGGGCAGGAGCAUGUUCGGAGAGACGGCCGAUGCCCGGUUCCUCGAGGAGGCUCCUCUUCCUGCUCGGUCAGGAGGGCCGGUUAUCAGGGAGGUUUCCGAUGACGAUGAGGAUAAGGAGGAUGUAGCAGAGGAGGACACGAAUGAGGGAGAACGGAGACACGGGCGGUCGGGCGGGCAACCGAUUGUUCAAGAACCCGAUGAAGAAACCCAAGAGAUGAAGAAUCCGCAUGUACAAUAUGGUGGUGGCGAAUUCAGCAGGGCUAGUGUGGCUCAGCCGCAGGCUCGUACUUGUACUUUCCGGAGCUCUACCGUGACGUAUGGCGGUCCUAAUGGUGCUUACUACACCUCCUCUACUACUAGAAGGACAGGUGGUGAUGGAAUUACUGUGGAAGAGAGCAAGGAAGCAGAUGCAACCUCUGGGAGAGCCGCCCAUAGAAUCUCUCGUGGAAUUCAUGAUAAGGGGCAUUCAGUGACAAGAAGAUUGGGUUCUGAUGGGAGAGUAGACACCACACAGACAUUGCACAACCUAAAUGAAGAUGAGUUGGCUGGGUUUGAGGAAACUUGGAGAGGGAAUGCGAGGCAGCACUUUCCAGGUUGGAAUCCUGGAUUUGGCAUGCUUGAUAGCGGCAGUUCAAGAAAUCGUAGUAGCACUGAGGGGCGAGAUCAAGAUCGAGCAACAGGAUGGGCACUUCCAGCGGCAGAGCAAGCACACCAUUUCGCAAGGAUGGGAUCAGGUGCACGUACCAAUUCUUCCCGAGGUCGAGUCCGAACAGUUGUUAUUGAAUGAGGCACCGGACAGCGUAUCAGCUUCUCGUGACCACCGAUCCUUUGUUUCGUUGAAUGCUUUUCUAUUCAAGAGUUACUCAUUUGCUUGCUGUAGACUUUUUAAGUAUUUGUUGUCCACUUCGUACCUCUCCUGAUCCAGUUAAGGUGCUUCCCAAGUUUCCGUGUUUCAUUUGUGUAGCGGUGUUUCCUGAGCAGGCUGUAAGCUCUUACUAGGAUGUUGCUGUUGGGAAAGCCGAAACUUCGAAUACAUUAGAAAUUGGUGUAAUGAGUGUUUAUAUGGUAGCAUGUACGGUUGAGGAGUCUGUUUGAAAACUACUGAAACAUUUCCGGUCUUUUCUGUUAAUCUAGUACUAGAAAUGUUGUGUUCCAAUACAGCAUUGAUCUGUUCCGGAAGACUUGUAAGAAAUAUUGUUCGUCUUUCUCUCUCUC